AUGUCCAAACUACUCGCCCUUGUGACCUUCGCCGCCGUUGCUCUUCAGUCUGCUGGGUUGCCUGUCUAUGUACAGUGUGGCGGUAUCAAUUACACCGGCAGUACCGUUUGUGAAACCGGAAGCCGUUGUGCGUUUGUCAACGAUUGGUAUUCGCAGUGCCAGCCUGGUGCCGCGACCACUACGACUACGAAGGCUGCAGUUACAACUUCUGUGAGCGUGACCUCUUCCACUUCGGUUGGGACCUCCAGCCGUCCUGCGACGAACACUCCUAGCGCAGCCGGCUCCGGUCUAAAUGCGAACUUCGUUGCUCGCGGAAAGAAAUUCUGGGGCACUGCGGCGGACUCUAAUACUCUUAAUAUUGCUGUCAGCCUCAACGUCCUGAAAGCUGAGUUCGGUCAAGCCACACCUGAAAACUCGAUGAAGUGGGAUGCGACCGAGCCUUCUCGCGGCUCUUUGACCCUCUCCGGUGCCGAUGCACUCGUUAAUUGGGCGACGUCUAAUGGAAAGCUGAUCCGCGGGCACACGCUUGUUUGGCACUCCCAAUUGCCGAGUUGGGUUUCUGCGAUCAACGAUAAGGCGACAUUGUGGGAUGUCUGCAACGAAAUUCUCAAAGAGGAUGGUACCCUUCGUUCAAGCGUCUUUUCCAGGGUCCUUGGCGAGUCUUUCGUCACGAUUGCAUAUACCGCUGCGCGUGCAGCUGAUAGCACUGCCAAAUUGUACAUCAACGACUUCAACCUGAACUCCAAUAAUGCUAAGACAAAAGGAAUGGUGGCCCUCGUCAAGCUCAUCAAUGCUUCGAAGAGGUUUAUCGAAGGAGUAGGCACCCAGAUGCAUCUCAGUGCCGGUGGUGUACAAGCCGCUCUUACGGCUUUGGCUAGCACUGGCCUUGAAGUUGCCUUUACUGAGCUAGAUAUUGCCGGUGCUGCAGCGACCGAUUAUGUUACAGUCGUGAGGGCUUGCCUCAACACACCUGCCUAUGUUUCCGUCACCAGUUGGGGAGUAUCUGAUGCCAACUCCUGGCGUGCAAGCUCGACGCCCCUUCUUUUUGAUUCCAACUACAAGCCUAAAGCUGCCUACAAUGCCGUCCUGUCCGCUUUGUGA